AUGGAGCAGGAUGAAGACGACUCCCAGGGGCAAGAAGUCGUGUUGAAGGCCGCAACUACUCCUGCACCAGCAGCAGAAGCAUCGACCCUCCUCCCAGCACCGAUCGCGAAUGUCGUGAGUCUGGUAACCAGAUCCGGCUCCUUGUACCUACGACUCGGAACCUUCAUUGGCGGUCUUGCUCUCGACGGCGCACGAGUCACGACCUUGACAGGGCUGGAAUUGAGCAGAGCAGUUAUUGAGGGCAUACUACACAAGGCCGGACGAGAUGUAUCUCUGCGCAGUACUGGGGAGAUGGGAAAGGCUGAGGCAGAUGGGAUAUUGGAGCGAAGCAUAACGACUUUACACUCUACAAUCACGAAUAUAUCAUUUGCUGCCUCAACCGGCUUUUAUUUUUCUUCUGCAGCAUUGCACGGAGCCGGUGACUUGUCGCAGCAAUUAUUGGCUACAUUGGACAGUAUACUGGGCAGCACGGACUCGAGUAGGGCAAUUGCCAGUAUCGUUACACUGAUCAGGCGGGAGUUCCAAAAUCCGGCAACUGGGCAAGAAGGAGAGAAAGUUGGUGUUGCGGAUCUGUUGCUUGGAAUUUGCGGGCUGGCUUUACUGCAGAGAUGGUGCAAGAAAAUUACGGAUGCCGAGGGUAGUGGAGAUGUGGUGAUUUGGGACGUGGUCGUUCUGGAUGAUGGAAGAAGGGCGGAUGUCAUUAGCAAGGAAGAUCCGAAUGCUGAACGGGGUUUAACGAGAGCGGAUUCGAUGGCUUUUGUGACUCCUGGAGGAGACCAAGUGGUCCAGGCGAUAGGAAGAGGCGGGAGGCUAGAAGAUGAAUCUGAUGACGACUUGCCGGAGAUUAAUCUCAAGCAACGAAUCAUGAAAUCAUUACCAGCCGAUGCUUCAGUAUCAAUCACGACAGAAACGACGACCACCAAGACUAUUACGGUUGAGAUUACUGGCACUCAGCCCCCAGAUCUAUCGCCACCACCUGGUGUCGAGAUUGUGGAAGAAAAUGCUCACCACAUUGGACAGGUGGACCCGAAUGCCGAGCUAUUGACGAACGAGCAAAAGGUUGGCCUGUUGGUUCCAAAAUACAGAGUUGUUUACCGGGUUGUUCGCAACAGCCUUCGGGGAACCAACAUUGAAAACAAAGGCGAUCUCCAGAUUGAGAACGCAAUAGAGGACAGUGAUGACGAAACACCUGUUCAGCCUACCAAGGCUAUAAAGGGUCCUGCUGUUACAAUUUCACCAGUUUCCUCUCCUGAAGUUCCUCCCCUACCUCCAAGAAAAGAUACCCGAAGACAGGCGUCAAUGGAGAGUACAAACAUCGAUAGUCCGUCACGGUCGACUCCGUCGGGGGAUGAGAAACCCCUCGGAUUUUCGUCGAUUCCUGUUUCAAAGCCUUCGGAGCAAAUUGGCGCUCAGAAGAGGACACGCAAACCAAUGAGCUCUGCAUCAUCUAUUUCCGAUGUUCCUCCCCCAAAGAAAAUAGCCACAAAAUCUCCUACGCUGAAGAAGGCAAAACCAGACAGGCCACCGGUAAAGGCUGCUGAGAAGAAGGGAUCUUUUCGAAAUGCUCUUAGGAAAGGAUCUGGUUCAGCACUUUCGAAUCUCUGGAAUAAAGAGAAUGAAUCUGAAUCUUCCUCGUCCAAAACACCAUCGCCAAAGCCCGCAUGGGGUGGUCACAGUCCUACUAACGCAAAAUCAAGCCUUCCAGUCCCAAAGAGAAAUUCCAGCAUUGUCCCAGCGAGAGAAGCACCUCGUCCACCUCAGCGAGGAAAUCCUAACUACUUCUCAUCUCGGGAUCUUGGCCUCAUGCAGUCACCUGACGUGCAGAAGAGCCCUUCAAAGGCAAGCUACUAUUCAGUCCAUGAAAGGCGUCGAGAUUCGAUUGUUUCCCAAACAGAUACAUAUUCUGUACAUUCGGCUGAUACACGACCUGGAUCACCAACCGCUUUUCGGACACACCUGAAAGCACAAAGUAACCUCAUUCGAGCAAGAUCGGAGAAAAAUAUUCUAAAACAACCCACUUCUCCGGCGAUAAAUCACAGACGGUCGAAAAGCGUUGUUCCAAGCAUUUAUACCCUGAAAACAAACAAUUCCGCCACUUCACUUGUGAUCGCAAACCAGCCGCGACGUAGCGCAUUCGAGAGCUCUGAAACGAUCGAGUCUCUGAUGCAUACCGGCUUCAUCGACGGACUCUUUCCUCAGCAUCAUAUUGUUCGGAAUAUUACAAGAUUCGUGCGAUUCGCCUCAGCAUCGUAUGGAGCCAGCUUCCUUCGAGUAAUGGGUAUCGUCACUGCCAAAGGUCCGACGGCGAAAGAGAUCGAGACAUCCCACCAUUACGAACACCAUUCAUUUUCGACGCACACACAGUUGCCACCGUCGACCAUUCUAUUGUCAUCAUUCGUGGAUCCACAAGGUGGUACGGAUGCUACGGGGAAUACAAAUACUGGAGUACCGAUGGUACAUUUUGUGUCCCUGGAUCACGAGUCAAGGGCCGUUGUACUGACGUGCCGUGGAACCCUGGGCUUCGAAGAUGUCCUGACAGACAUGACUUGCGAUUACGAUGAGCUUACCUACCGAGGGAAAGCAUACAAAGUCCACAAAGGGAUACAUGCAUCAGCACGCCGAUUACUUGACGGUGGCGGAGGGCGUGUAAUGGCAACAAUUGCAGCUGCAUUGGAAGAAUUUCCAGAGUAUGGAUUGGUGAUGUGUGGGCAUUCUCUGGGAGGUGGCGUCACCGCUUUGCUUGCAAUUCUAAUCUCCGAGCCCUCGGCGGAUCCUUUAUCCACGGCUUUCUUCACAGCAUCUGAUUACUUACCACCUCCACUCCUUCUUACCUCGUCACAGGGAGAAACGAGCACAGCACCAUCAAGAAUCCGUCUACCGUCAGGACGUCCAAUUCAUGUUUACGCCUACGGCCCUCCAGCGACGGUUUCACCUUCAUUGCGUCUGGCUACCCGAGGCUUGAUCACAACAAUUGUCAAUGGGCAAGAUCUUGUGCCAUAUCUUUCCCUAGGCGUCCUCCACGACCUUCAGGCUGUAGCAUUGGCUUUCAAGACGGACGAUUCAGGGGCUAAAGGAGAAGUGAGGAAGCGUGUCUGGCAAGGUAUCACAGGGACAUUCAUGGAUAAAUGGUACGCCAAUCGGCCACCCGGCAUGAAUUCAGAAGAGGACGAUCAGUGGGCGUACUCGGCAUUGAAAGCUUUGCGCGCCUCUAUGUUGUCUGCCAAACUUCUCCCUCCUGGCGAAGUCUUUGUUGUUGAGACCAUGCCUGUCCUUCAGCGCGACGCCUUUGUUGCUGAAGAUGGCGGCGAAGGCAAGGGCCUCGGACGGCCAGCAACGAGGAGUGUGUUGAAAUAUGUGAAGGAUGUAGAUAAGAGGUUUGGGGAAGUGAGAUUCGGAGGCAGUAUGCUUCUUGAUCAUAGCCCUGGCAGGUACGAGAUGAGUCUCGGAGCAUUGGGGAAGGGCAUUUUGGGAUAG